AUGGGAUUGUUACACUUUUCGUUACUUGCCUUAGGUGUUUUCAGCGGAGUGCAGCAAGGUCUGGCAAAAACCGCUGAAGAAUGGCGAGACCGUGUUGUUUAUCAAAUUUUGACGGAUCGUUUUGCCGUCAACGAUACUUCGAACCCUGAGUGUCAAAAGGGUUCUGGCAAGUACUGCGGUGGUACUUGGAAAGGCAUUCAAUCCAAGCUGGAUUACAUUCAGGAGAUGGGUUUCAAUGCUGUUUGGAUGUCUCCUAUCGAUAAAAAUGUCGAAGGUACGUAUGGCGAAGACGGUGAGUCGUAUCACGGUUACUGGAACAGCGAUUUUACUCGCUUGAACGAUCAUUGGGGUUCCGAAGACGAUUUAAUUGAUCUUAUUAAUGAUAUGCAUAAUCGUGAUAUGUGGGUCAUGUUCGAUGCCCUUGCCAACUCCAUGGCUAUUCCUGGUCCCCCUGAGAAUAUCACCUAUUCUAAUCUUCAUCCUUUCAAUUCAUCUGAUUACUUCCAUCCUUUCUGCUGGAUCGAUUAUGCCAGCACCAAUAAUUCCGAGAUUGAAGAUUGCUGGGCUGGUGAUGAUGAAAUCAUCCUCGCCGAUUUGAAUCUCGAAUCUAAGCAAGUUUCUAGUUAUCUGAAUGAACAUAUUCACGAUGUUGUUCAGCGCUAUGGUAUUGAUGGUAUCCGUGUGGACGCCAUUAAGCAAAUGAACCCCAACUUCUUUCCCGAUUAUCUUAAGUCUGCUGGUGUUUUCUCCGUUGGUGAGAUGUUUUCCUAUAACCCUGACAUUUCCUGCUCUGUUCGCCACCAAAUCGAUAGCAUUACCAGCUAUCCAAUUCGACAAGGAAUCGAAUUUGCUUUCAAUAAUACCGGAGCUGCUUUCCAAUACCUUCAACAAAUUGAUACUCAGUUUCAGCAGGCUUGUUCCGGUCAAGAUAUGUCUACUGUCGCUAACUUUUUGGAAAACCAUGAUUUACCCCGUUAUCCCUACAUUACGGAUGAUGCCUCGCAAAACAAAGGUGCCAUCGUGUUUCUUUUACUCCAUACUGGCAUUCCCAUUAUUUAUUAUGGACAAGAACAGCACCUGACUGGUGGUGCCGGUACGUCUGAUAAUCGUGAAGCUUUGUGGAAUUACGGUUAUAACAUUAGCUCACCUAAUUAUCAGUUAAUUCGUACGGUCGUCGCUUUGCGUAAACAAGCUAUGCAUGACAAUGAUAAAUGGACGACAACAAAUCACCAGUUUUUAAACAAUGAACUACGUUAUUCAUUCGUUCAAAAGGGAGACGUUCUUGGCGUCUACACAAACUUUGAGUCAAAUUCCGACAAGGUUGCUUACGAUGUCAGUUCCAACUUUGACGAAGGAACCGUAGUUCGUGAAGUUUUAAGCAAUACAACUGCUACUGUGGGUUCUUCUGGUACUUUACCAGUUACAAUAACUACUGGUAUGCCUCAAGUCUAUUAUCCAGAGGCUAGCUUGACUUCCUUUGAAAAGUUUUUGGGAACACCUACGAGUAUCUAUUCUUCUUCUGUCUCGUAUCCAACAUCUUCAUUGUCCGACUCACUUUCAUCUAGCUCUUCUUUUGCUUCACCAACAACAUUUUCUUCAGUUUCUACGCAUCACAGAACCUAUACGAGCGGCUCUUCCACCUUUACUGCUGAUUCAACAAGCACUGCUUACUCUACCAGCAAACCUACUGGUUCUCACGAGUCCAAGGGAUCUUCUACGAAGCCUUUGUCUUUGAUGAUGGCGGCCACUUGCUUUUUAGCCGUUGCGUUACUGGUUUAA